CAGCUGGCGUCGCAUUCCGUAGCCACUGGUAGCCGACUCCAGUCCAUUGUGGUGGCGGGACUACGCGAGGCCCUGUUGGACCGGUUUCCGGCAGAGUUGAAAGUUUCAAACUCCCCCCUGACCGGUGGUGUGGAAUCUCUGGAGGCCAUCUGUCGGUUUACCGUUGGUCAGCAGAAGACACACAAGAGACCCCCCUUCGCUCGCCAAGCAGACCAUCCGGAGCAGGAUUCGGUAUCCGUUUACUGUCCGCCCGAUGCCGCAGCUGAGGGGGACGCCCUGCCUAUUGAGGAGGACUUCAGCGAUUCUGAACUCCCUCGGUAG